AUGGAAGAAGCAGUCGAGCUGUUCAGCUCCUUCGUCAGCGGCCUCACGCAGCUUCGCCGCAUCGGAGUGCUUGUCGUCGACACGAGCAUGGCGCCCAACGAGGACGGUGCACCUGACGCCAGUCCGGACGUCGUGGUCGACGAAGCUCGUUACGCAGAGCUCACGGGCAAGAUCUUCGACGCCGACGAAUUCGUGAUCAGGCACCUCGGCGGUCUUGGCCCGGAACGCCUCGAGCAGGUCAGGCUCGAAGCUGAGGCCGGUGAGCUCGACGUUCCUAGGCACUCUGCCGAGCCCGCGCGAGACGCCGCCGCUGCACAGCCGCGGCUGAAGCGCUCAAGCUCGGCGCUGUCUGCGGCCUCGACCUUCGGCGAGCGCUCCCGUUCUUCGUCCUCCUCGAACCGCGCUACGUCGACACGCGCGACUUCCCCGGACGCAGCAGGCGGAUCGUCCGGCGAAGAAGACGAUUCUGAGGCGGAGCAAGACGACCCAGACCCAUGGCCGCUGGACUGUGCGAUCAGCAAGGAGCAGAAGAACCCGAUAGUCCGUGCCUGCGGGCUCUUCGUCGAGCUGGUGAUGUCGCUCUGUUGCUCUUACAAGGGCGACUUUAGGCUCGACGAGUCCUACGCCGAUGAACUCUGCUACAAUGCACUCGAAGGGCUUAUCUUGAGCCAGCGCCACAGAAGUGCUGCGAGCUUGCAUCUCCACCUGCUCAGCAGCUUCGACGGAAAGGUCGACUCGGCCGUGUUCUGCAGCUUCGUCGAGCGACUCGAGCAGAAGCGAGUUCAAGAUCAGAGCGCCCUGGCAACGCUCAAGCACUGGCUCUGCGAUCUGAGCCUGCUGAUUGAGCUCAGACGCCGCAACAUCGACCUCGACGUCGAGCUCACAUCAAAGAAGAGCUCGCUACAGAACUGCGGCGUCACGCCGCAACGCAGCGAAGAGGGGGACCUGGACAUCUGCACAGGGCCUCCUCUCACGGACGAGGAGUUUGACGCAAUCGCGACUGACAUGCAAGAGUCGCAAGCACGAGCUUUCGCUUUGGCUCGCAUCCUCGUGCAGUCACGCACGCUGGCGGUCCUCAUCCCUCUAUCGCUCGACCGCCUCAUCGUCCAAGAGGCAUGUUCCGACGGUGGUGCGGUAGCGGUCGAGUUAGCCCGCCUCUUUGCUCAGACGCGCGAGAUCUCAAGGACCUCCUACCACCCAGGGGAAUCGGCCGCCCGCUUCGAAGCGCAAGCUGUACCGGGGUGGAGAGGCUUUGUGGACGGAGCCGAGUAUCUGCAGGCGAACUUCUUCGGGCCUCUCGUCGACGAGCUGGACACGAGGUUUCCCUAUCUGAGCGUCUCUUGGAACGGACAUCGGCCGUGGAACCUUGACGAUCUGGCGCAAGAGUUCAAGAUCCCGGUCUUCGAAGGAGAGAGCGAUGUAUCAGACGACGCUGAAAAACAUAUCUCGUGGAGCUCCUCCGACUUCCUGCACGACUGCGGCGGCGCGGGAGCUAAUGUUCGUGCCAACCAGCGAUUCACGUGCGACUCGCGCCCGGCGCAGCCGGGGCGCACACAGGCGCCCAAGACCUCUGAGACAGAGCUUCGCGUUGGGAGCUUCGGCGUGAAGGGCAAAGGCGAGCUCGAUCUCCUUCAAAGGCGACUGCCUCACUCGUUCCCUCUCACGCGCCUAGCCUUCUUCGACCACAUCUUCAAAAGAGAUUUCUGCGGCCCGCUCAUCGCAUCGCUCGAUGUCGCCUUUCCCCGACGCGCAUCGUGGAACGGCCAGAAGGAGUUCGGCAUCGACGAGAUCGCGGCGGCCGUCGGCAUCGACGACAUCGCAGCGGCUGUCCAGUCGAUGCGGGCAGAGCGAAAAGUCUUGCGCAUCUUCUCGAGCUGA